CCUUCCUCCAGUAGGGUGUUGGUAAUGCAGGAGUCAGGAAAGCCCUCAUCCAAGACCUACGCUCGACUACUGACCCCCUUCCCCGCCCUCCCUUCCUCCUUCACUCUCUGCUACAGGAUCUACAUGUACCGCUUCAGGGAGGAGUCGACGUUGAUAUCCUACGCCGUCGAUAACACGAAGGACAAUGAGCUCAGGAUGGAUCACAGAAUGUCAGGGUACAAGGUGGCUCUACACAGCUUAUGGGCCAAGUCGAGUCUGGUGACGCCCUUCAGGUACUGGUCCCACUUCUGCCUCACCGUCGACGUCGCCUCCGGGAACUGGUCGGUGUUUCUGAAUGGCGAGAAACAUGAUGAUGGUUCCUUCCCGCCUGAUUUCGGCAAUCUGGAUGGCGGGGGCGUUCUGAUUGUGGGUCAGGAGCAGGAUAUUCUUGGUGGUGGGUUUCAGCCAGAGCAGAGCUUCAGUGGGGAGUUCACAGAGCUCAACGUGUGGAGGGAAGUGAUCGACGAGGACUCCAUCAGGCAGUUGUCGUCGUGCGGGGUGUACGUGGAGGGAGACGCUCUCGGUUGGUCGCGACAGUCGUGGCAGACAUUGGGGGGCGUGGCCUGGGUGAGCCGCCCUCGAGAAGCUGUGUGUGAUGCCUCCACCAGGAGAUUGACCUUCUUCCCCCACCGCUACACCCUCACCCAGGGCAUACACCAGUGUCAGGUGGUGGGCGGGAAGAUGGGCGUGCCGAUCACAAGAGAGGAGAACGCAUGGCUGUACCAGGUGACGGUGGAGAAGGCGGCUUAUUGCUCGGGCGGGCUGGGGGCGUCUUACAUGUGGCUGGGCGCCCAUGAUACCGACCAGGAGGGCCAGUGGGUGUACUUCUCUGGUCAGCCAAUCACGUGGGACGGACCAUGGCGGGGGACGGGGCCUAAUGGUGGCACUGUGGAGAACUGCCUGGUGAUGCUGUACGAUAACUUCCCCGCCCGCUGGUCUGACAUCGCCUGCCUUGACACAUAUUCCUUCUGCGUCCCCUGCGAGUUCCCCAAGCGCUCCAUCCUCUACCUACGGGGUCCUGGGGUGUGUGAGUCCUCGCCUUUUAACAGGCAGUACGUGUUGGAGGGGGACAGCGGGGGCAAGCCAGCGCUGGCGGGCUUCUUUCACUCAGACAUCACCUGGGAUCCUCAAAACGAGGCUUGGGUUAUUGCCUCACUUAAGGAGGAAGGGGCCGUGGCUCGUUGGUCGCCCAUCACCACGGACGAGUACCCAUUUGGCACCAAGCCGUGGACGCUGGGGCACGAUGCGUGUGGACUACGCAACGGUGACGUGGUCAACAUGACCCUCUCAGUGUGUGACCUCGAGCAGUUCACCUGUGCUGACGGCACCUGCAUUGACCUCCAGCAGCGGUGCGACAUGCGGGAGGACUGCACAGACGGGAGUGACGAGGCGCAGUGUUCCCUGGUGGUGUUGCCCCGGGGGUACCGCAGCUCCCUCCCUCCUCCUCCCCCCUCCCCAAGAAAGCCCCUCCCCAUCCGGUUCUCAAUCAACCUGGUGACCUUCCCUUCCAUCGUCACUGUCGACCUUGCCUUCGCCACCACCUUCCAGCUCCGUCUAUCGUGGAGGGACAGUCGACUCAAGUACCUCAACCUGAAGAAGGACAGCUCCCUCAACCUUCUGGCUCAGGAGGCGUCGCUGUCCAUCUGGACUCCGCAAGUGUUUUUCAAGAACGCCCACGACAACCUCUUCACCAACCUGGGUGAGGGGUCGAGGGUGGAGUGCCACAGAGAAGGUCAACCUCAGCCAGGCUCUCCUGACCUCCCUCAAGAAAGAAACGUGUUCGCGGGGUCAGAGAACACGUUAGAGGUGAGCCAGGUGUACACAGCCACCUACACCUGCGGCUUUCACCUGGGCAUGUUCCCCUUUGACGUCCAGGUGUGUCGUCUCAACUUCACCCUCAGGUCAGCGUCAGCCAGCCUCCUGACCUUUGAGCCUGGGGACGCCAUCUACUCCGGGAGCAUACAGCUACUGGAGUACAUCGUCGACGGGGUAACCAUGAAAGCUGGGGAAGAGAAUCACCAAUCUACAAUGAUGGUUGAAGUGAGGUUUUCCCGCCGCUAUGGAUUCUACCUCUUAACUCUCUACCUACCCACGACCUUCCUCCUCGUCGCCGCCUACUCCACCUUCUUCUUCAGGCUGUCUAACUUCCUCGCUCGCAUCAUCGUCGCUCUCCUCACUCUCCUCGUUCUCUCAUCUCUCUACACACAGACCACCGCUGGACUACCCAAGACAGCGUACUUCAAGAUGCUGGACGUGUGGCUCUUCUUCUCUGUCCUUCUUAUCUUCGCCGUCGUCAUGUGCCACGUCUUUAUUGAGUAUAUCACCUCUGACACCGGCCUCAACCCCUCCAGGAACGGUGUGGCUAAUGGUGUAGCCAAUGGUGUGGCCAACGGUGGACUAACCAGGGUUCAAAUGACAGGCCAGCGUCCCCUGUCCCGUAAACAUGGACUCGUGAGCACAGAUCCUGAGCCCGUGGAUGACUACCCACCUAUCCGCCGACCAGACUAUCCCCCUGGAGUGAGACGGCCAGCCCCCUUACCUAACCAUCUGCUUAUUCUAAUGGCCGGCCGUAUCUCUAUCCCCGUCACCUUCGUUAUAUUCAACUUGGUGUAUUGGGGCUCUGCUAUGGGGGAGGCGGAGGAGAGCCCACCUUAGUAUCAAUUAAAACAAAAGAUCUGUCCAAAAAAAUACUCAAGACUACGAACUCAAAUUAUUUUUAAGACUGUUUUUUUAAUAUAAGCUCACCAUGUACCUAGAUAAUUUUAUAUUGUAGAUAAUAUAUAAAAAUAUGAAAUAAUGUAAAUAGUUCUUUGUAAUAUUUUUAGACUAUAGAGUAAGAUGGAAAUAAUCGCUUUAGAGGUAGAACGAACGUACAAAAUAAUCCCGUAUGUUGUAUACUUAAGGUAUUUAUAAAUAUUAUCCUAAAGGCAAAUGUGCACUUAUUUUAAAUAAAAUUAGCUUAAGAAAAGGUUC